CCUCAGACAUGGACGAGUCCAAAGAAUUACCCAAGAGGCCGUGGGACACGUGUCGAGAAGUCCCGAUCAUCGAGGACGAACAGACGCCAUGGAAACUAAUCAAACUUCUGAAAACCAUCUCGAUGUGUGUCGUGGGGCUGCUGGUGUUUGGACUGGCACUCUGCAGCAAAACGUCUUUCCUGCUCCUCAUCACACUGGCCAACGACGGGACGAAGAUCAUCACGGCUGACGACAAACCCGUCGUCCUCCUGUGUAUUGGCUGCGCUCUGAUUACCUCCAGUGUCCUUCUCUUUCUCAAAAGCAUUUGGAAGGCGUGUUACAAAACCUCCAAGAUCCCCAACAUUGCAACUUUUUUCUUUGUUCUGUUCUUUGAGUUUGUGGUGUCUGCGGGCGCUGCCAUUCUCACCAUCGUGGCCAUGCCUCACUUGGACAUCGUGACCAACGUGACCAUCCUGAACGGGAUCGGGAUCCUGUCCGCGCUCCUGCAGGUCAUCUCUCAGUGCUCCGCCAAGGAGAGGAACCGCUUCCUGGCGCCGUCCAUCACCUCUGUGCUCCUGCUCCUUCUGGGCUUCAUCCUCUUCCUGGUGCUCUACAUCACCAAGGACCCGAACGACACCAAGAUGCUGACGUGGAUAGGCCUGGCCGUUGGAGCUUGCUUCCUGGUCUCCUUCAACUGGUGGGAGAACUACUUCAGGCUGAUCAGCGAGAACAGCCGUUCUGUCAUCCUGAAGAACAUCUGCAAAGACGUGUCCCGCUGUGAGAACGUCCUCAACAUGUUCUCCAGCCUGCUGCGAAUUGCGGUGACCGCCGCUGUGCUCGGGGCCUACGUCCCUCUCUCUGGACUGGACUGGGACACCGUGACCUCCAUCGCUCGCCGGGAGACCAGGAUCAUAGCUAUCAUUAUCGGAGUCCAGCUCAUCUCCUCGGCGCUGUGCCACUGGUUCUCCCUGGCGGCCUGUAAGAUGCACGUCCUGCGGCGAUGCUUCGUCCUGCCCCUGUACCUGGCCUCUCUGUCCGUCAUGGCCCUGCUGGUCAUCCCGGUCAUCGUCUACUACUACGACUACAGAGCCACCCUGAACGGGACUCAGAUCAACUUCACCGGUUACUGCCACGACGUCAUCUACUCCAGAAAUGACACCCAGACUGGAAGUGUCUUCCCUCACCUGGUUCAUGACGUGACACACACGCUGUGUUUCCUGGACAUGUCCAAGAUCUUCGACAUCGGGGUUCUGACAGGGUCAGCAGUGUCCUGGUGGCUGGGACUGGUCCUGGCAACUCUCCACCUGUGGUUCCUCAACAUCAACCGUAUCCAGAGAACCCAGGACCUUUUCGUCAGGAGGCUGUACGACGGCGCCUUCAUCGAACAGUCGCUGCUCCUCAACACUCGCUUCAACAUCCUGACCAGAGAUCGUCUGAAAAAGUACCGGGACGAUGGACCGGUGAUGUUGUAUCUCUGCGCGACCAUGUGGCACGAAACCUACGCCGAAAUGUUGAACAUCAUCAUCUCCAUCUUCAGGUUGGACAAAUACAGACCUGUGGAGGAAAAAAAGUACCACGACUUUACUUUUGAGGCGCAUAUCUAUUUUGACGACGCGUUUCACGACAUGGAGGGACACGAGGGGAGGGCUCUCAACAAAUAUGCCAGGAAUCUGGUGAAGGUCUUCAUCGAAGUUUACCGCAUCUUCACCAACAUGGACACGGACUUCUUCAGAAAGCAGCAGCAGAUCCCAGACCAGGUGCUGGUGAGGACGCCGUACGGCGGGCGUCUGGUCAUCACGAUGCCUCACGGGAACAAGAUCUUGGUUCAUUUUAAGGACAAAGAUCUCAUCAGACACAAGAAGAGGUGGUCACAGAUCAUGUAUCUCUAUUAUCUUUUCGGAUGGAAAUUGAUGAACAAAUACUUUACGCGUUUGAGCAGAGGCGAGAACGAGCAUGAGCUGACUGCAGAGGCGAAGAAAGAGAAGCACAACACCUACCUGCUGGCCUUAGAUGGCGACACCGACUUCCAGCCGGCUGCUGUGGUGCUUCUGAUCGAUCGUCUGAAGAUGUACCCACGAGUGGGAGCGGCGUGUGGUAGGAUUCACCCCACAGGAUCAGGUCCAGCUGUAUGGUUCCAGAAGUUUGAAUAUGCGGUCAGUCAUUGGCUGCAGAAGACAGCAGAGCACGUGUUUGGCUGUGUUCUCUGUAGCCCUGGUUGCUUUAGCCUGUUCCGAGCUGAGGCUCUGAUGGAUGACAAUGUGAUGAGGAGAUAUGCCACUAAGUCCACGGAAGCCAGCCACUAUGUCCAGUAUGAUCAAGGGGAGGACCGGUGGCUGUGUACACUGCUGCUGAAACAGGGCUGGAGAGUCGAGUACAAUGCUGCGUCUGACGCCUACACCAACGCCCCAGAGGACUUCAAAGAGCUCUUCAACCAGCGGCGGCGCUGGGGACCAUCGACUCUGGCUAAUGUUGUUGACAUCCUUGGGGCUAGCACAAUCGUCUCAAAGCGAAACCCGUCCAUGUCCAAGCCCUUCCUGCUCUACCAGCUCUUCAACCUCACCUCUGCCAUAUUGGCACCUGCAACUAUUUGCCUUUUAAUUGGAGGAAGUCUUGGGUUUAUUUUCGACAUCCAUGCCAGCUGGGCCCUGGUCCUGGCGGUGAUACCUCCUGCCAUCUACUUGUUUCUCUGCUUCAAGCUCAAGGCCGACACGCAGAUUUUAAUCGCUGCAAUCAUGAGUGUUAUCUACGCGUUCCUGAUGUUGGUGGUCUGCAUUUCCAUUAUCGGUUCCAUGAUCAGAGACCAAACCAUCCUGACUCCCAGCAGCAUCUUUGUGGUGGCCAUGGCUUUCAUCUACAUCAUCACAGCCAUCAUGCACCCGCAGGAAUUCCACUUGGUCUUUUAUGGUUUCCUCUACAUCAUCUGCAUCCCAAGCGCCUACCUGCUGCUGACCAUCUACUCGAUGUGCAACAUGAACAACGUGUCCUGGGGAACCAGGGAGACCAAGCCUGCACCGGGCGCCUCCAAGCCAGAGAACGAGACAAAGCAAACAUCCGCAGAGAAAACCAAGAGCAAGUUCUCCAAGUUCUUGUCAUGGUUCAAAUGUUGCAAGAAGUCCUCCAAGGAACCUGUGCAGCCGGUCGUCGUGAACCAAGAGAACCUGAUGCAAGAGCCCAUCCCCGGGCCGCUGAACACCAUCGUGGAAGAUGAAAAUAUCAGUCCAAAUGAGGAGCCCAGGCAGCAGGACACGCCUUUUGAAAAGCCUGUCCACUGUUGGGUCACCGACUUGCAGACUUACUCCGACGACAUGCACUUGCAGGAGGAAUUUCUGGAGUCGGAUGAAGUAAAUUUCUGGAAGGAGCUGCAGGAGCAGUAUCUGAAGCCUCUGCCUGUCGACAAAGAGCAGCAGAAGGCGAUGACCAAUGACCUGAAGGACUUGAGGAACAAGAUCACCAUGGUCUUCUUCCUCAUGAACGCGCUGUGGCUGGUAGCGACCUUCACCCUGCAGCUCAUCGACAUCCCCAUCAACAUCCCCAAAUUCAACAUGACGCUGGAAGACACGGGAGAGUUCGUCGAAAUCGAGCCCAUUUCCUUCAUGUUCAUCUUGGGCUUCGCCUCCUCCGUCAUCAUCCAGUUCCUCGGAAUGUUUUACCACAGGUUGAUGACACUGAUCCAUUAUGUGGCGUUCGUGGACACGGAGUCCAAAGAGCCCAAAGCUGAACUGGAGAUUUUACACGUCCCAAAAACGAAGGAGGAACCGGUUUCGUCUGCCGCCUGGCAGCAGGAGACGCAAGAGGAGGUGGACGAGGACAGCUUCGACGAGAGCGACAGCAUGAGCUUCGAGGAGGACUCCAGGGAGGCCACCCCCGUAUAGACACAUGGACUCAUCUGCCGUUUCAUCCUCUGUACAUAGUGCUCGUUAUUUAUAUGACUUCCCGAUAGAUAUUUAUGAAUAGAUUUGAAUGAAGUCAACACGUCGUGCCUCAGCAAAAAAAUGGUUUUUAGCCAUCGUGGAGAAAAACUCAGGGAACAUGAAGGGAAGAAGUCGAACUCUUGUUCUGUCGUGUCUCAGGUUUGCGUUUGUCACACGUUUUUUUUUUUUUUGUUGUUAUGAUCUGACGCAGUUGCGCUAGCGCCCUCUGUGGUCGCAACCAAAGUUACCUGAAGUGCAAUAUUUUUUAUUUAAUGAAGAGUUCUAACACCAAGUGCCUCAAGUGGAAUCGCUUAUAUGAAGAGAACUUGCCACCUGGAGGACGUUUGUGUGUGUGGUUUUUGCUGCUGUACACCAGAAUUGUCAGGGUUUUUGACAAAAAUGUAUGACAAUGUGACCUUGUAUGACCUUUUGCUCAAGUAAAAUAUCUUAUUUUUUUAAAGAAGAAAAUUUCUUCGAAAGCAUUUAUCGUUCUGAAAAAAAAGUCUCCUCAAGUUUCGUGAGGAGUGUGAAGAAAAUCUGCUGUGUUUUUAUCUUUGUUUGUUCAAAUGUGUGUAACUG